GCUCAGCCCGGGGCCUGCGGAGAGCGCUGCGGAGCAGCAGAACUGUUCCCUUCGGGGGUCCCCAGGGCGCUGUAGCCGCGCUGGCGUUCCUCUUUGCUCUGGGUGUUCGUGCAUCACUGGCUGGGUCCCUUGUGUCUACAUGGCAAGCGUUGAUUGAGGGCGCUGGUGAGCGCUCCAAAGCUAACCAAGGGGAGCCAGUGACAUUACCCACAAGUACAAGCAGUUACAUCACCUCCUCGGCCCUUCGGCACCACGGGUCUAAAAGCACAGAGAUGAAAACACACCUAGGUCCUGACCCUGCAAACCUCUUUGCAUAAGUGGGCUGAAGUGGAGGGAUCCAUCAGUGCAGUGCCAUUUACAGGACUGGGGCCCUAAAUCAGUGGUUUUCAAAAAUGUGGUCUGUGGACCCCUGGGGGGUCUGCAGACUAUGCCUAAAAUAAGAUUUCCAAAGGGGUCUGCACUUCCAUUUGAAAUUUUGUAGGGGCCUGCACAUGAAAAAAGGCUGAGAACCAGUGCCCUGGAUACAUUUGACAUACUAGGUGCAAUUAAAAAGUAAAUGCUGUAUUGUAGGAUGAUGCUACUGUGCGAUUGCCUAGAAUAUUUUUGUUAUAGUAUUUUUAUUGCUCUUUGUUUUAGGAUAUUUAUCUCAAUCCCCAUUGUAUUAGGUACCAUUACUUAAACUUAGAAGUACAUCAGUUCCCUCAAGGAAGAAAAACUAAAUUAUCAUCUUUUUUCCUCACAGAUUAAAGUUCCUUUCUUAAGAGGAAUUAAAUCUACAUUGUUUGUUUCCUCAAGCGUGCAGCUGGGGCCACAACUCAGAGAUGAGUUUUAUACCCCAAGAGUGGAGAAACUGCUGGAUUUCAAGUGACCUGGAGUUUGUGCAAGUCAGUUUCUCUACUGAGAUUAGUAUCCUCACAACCUGGAACCUAAACUGUCCGUUUCAUCAUCCCUGUUAAAUGCAACUGGCAUAGUGGGAUGUGCAAUCAGAUAAUCAUAAAUAUGGGUUAUUUAUACUGUACCAGGAAACGUUAACUUUUCAGUGGCGUGCACUGUAGAUCGUAUAGAUAGAUUAGAUUAUAAAAUUAUUUUGAUAUUAUUUUUUGAAAAACAGAUAUUUGUGCCACUUAUCCAAACAUUAGAUUGUCAUUUGCUGCAAUAUUUCUGAACUAUAUUGUCUGUGCUAAUAUAGGUCCUGAUCCUGAAAGUGGAUGAGUGUGGGCACCCCAUUAUACCAAGAGAGAGCUCGAUUGAAGUCAGUAUGGACUCCUGCACAGACCUCUUUGCAGAAUUAGUGCUUAAGGAUAUAGUUUCCUUGGGGCUGUGCCUUGUGACUUCCACUACGUUAUGCACAACACUGAGCACUAUUAAGACUCCAUAUAUAUUAAUAACAAUUAGUACAAAGGUAACCAAAAUAGACAUAGCUAUUGAAGUGUAAUCUGGUUAGCGCAAAGGACAGAGAUCCAAGACUCCUAAAUUUCUGGCUCUGCUGCUGAUUCUUUUUGGGAACUUGGAAACGUCUGUGUUUCUUGAAAAAGUCACUUAAUCUUUCUGUACAUUAUUAUACCCAUCUUUAUAAUCCUAACAGAGAAGAAUCUAGAGGCCCUGGUGGAUGCUCUUUCAUCCCAAUUAGGCAGAAUUCCCAACUAACAGUAGACCUCUUUUCAGAAGAAAUGCCGCUGUCUGAGUCGCUGUAGAGCUCUACUGAGCAUGGCAUACUAAAUCAGCCCAUGGAAUUGAGCAGAGGCAAUAUCUACACUAGGGUAGAAACAGAACCUAUUGCCUGCUCCAUGUCAGUGCCCUCAAUAGCUAAGAGAUGCUCAUCAGGAAUAGUUGGCUUGGAAGUUGCAAGCUCACCAUUGGGGGAGGCAGUGAUGAUGACUGAGAUGUAUUGCAGCUACAGAGGGACUGAAAGCUGUUUUCAGAGGAGCACACAGAAUCAGGAUAAGAUUGAAACACAAAAAUCUAAGAACUACCAAGGCAAUCCAAAAGCAACCAAGUUGAGUGUAAUUACUAUCCUUAUUAAGCAGCCAUCGUCAUUAAAUAUUAUUAGGCUUAAAUCAGUUCCCUUGGAGACUUUCUGAUUAAUUGGAUUACCCAAUUAAGCAGCCCAAAUUAAAAGGAAGGUAUUGUCAUAAAAUUCUUAAUGGUCUCACUUUUUUUCCUAUGGAGCUGGUCUGGAUAUGCAAUACACCAUUCAAAAGCGGCUUUGGCAUUUCAAAUUGAUCAAGUGGUGACCAGCUGCUAUGAACUUCAGAUCAGCCACAAUGGAUGACUGGGAUGAGAGUGAUGAACUUAUCCAGAAACUGGAUUUUUCCAGCUGCGCUGAAGAGAAUGAGAUGGAAGAGGACAGUAGUAUACAAGAAGAGGCUCCCCAAAGUUCAAGCCCCCAGAAGAGCUGGGAUUUUCAGAGUUGGAGAGUUAACAGUCCUCUUGCAGUAACCCCCAAAAGAAAAGUCGGUGAUGUGUCUCUGACUCGUACUAAAACAUGGAUGAGUCCCACUGUGGACUCUGCUUCAUCCUUGAGAAAGACUACUGGUCCUGCCUGGGAAUGUCCUGGGACUCCACUGCAUUACGUCACCUGGAGAAAACUGCAGCUGUGUGACACCCCGCACACUCCCAAGAGUCUCUUAACAAAGACUGCUUUUCCUUCAACCGUGGGAAAAUUCCCCUCCAAAGGUCCCCGGCACUUGAGAUUUACUCCUGGUGCUGAUCCAGAUGAUUCUUCCCAGGCUUCGCUGGUCAACAUUAACCCAUUUACACCAGAGUCAUAUCGACAGAUGCUCUUCCCUCCCAAUGGCAAAAGGAAAGCUAGAGGAGAGCUUGUGUGUCCAGGCUCACUUGUGGCUAAAUCUCAUUUUAGGGGAGAUCCCACUCUAAGCGGGGGCAAGGUGGAGCAGGGGCUGCCAGCCAAGAGAUUUCUCUUGAGAGAGAGCAACAUGGUUUCCCGCUACAAGAAGGAAUUCCUGGAGCUAGAAAAAAUUGGGGUAGGAGAAUUUGGCUCUGUCUACAAGUGUAUCAAACGUCUAGAUGGAUGUGUGUAUGCUAUCAAGCGCUCGAAGAGGCCUCUGGCAGGAUCCUCAGAUGAGCAAAUGGCAUUGCGGGAAGUCUAUGCCCAUGCAGUGCUUGGACACCAUCCCCAUGUUGUGCGCUACUACUCUGCUUGGGCAGAGGAUGAUCACAUGAUCAUUCAGAAUGAACACUGCAAUGGUGGGAGCCUUCAAGAUGCGCUGUUGGAAAAUGCUAAGACUGGGCGCUAUUUCCAAGAAGCAGAGUUAAAGGAGAUCCUGCUGCAAGUUUCCAUGGGGCUAAAGUACAUACACAGCUCUGGCCUGGCACACAUGGACAUCAAACCUAGUAACAUCUUCAUCUGUCACAAGCUGGUGACUGAUGGCUCCGCUGCUCAGGAAGAGAGCGACAGUGAAGAUGACGGGUUCUCUUCCAAUGUGGCAUAUAAAAUUGGUGACCUGGGCCAUGUGACAUCAAUAACUAAUCCCCAAGUGGAGGAGGGAGACAGUCGUUUUCUGGCCAAUGAGAUUCUGCAAGAGCAAUACUGCUAUCUGCCAAAGGCAGACAUCUUUGCCCUGGCAUUAACAAUGGCUCUAGCAGCAGGGUCAGGACCAUUGCCUCGCAAUGAUGCCAUGUGGCACCAUAUCCGCAGAGGCAACCUUCCACCAAUCCCUCAGCAGCUCACACAUGGCUUUCAUGGACUCCUUAAGCUCAUGGUUCACCCUGACCCAGUUGCAAGACCAUCCGCCACGGCUCUUACUAAACACCCAAUUCUUCGGCCCUCUCUUGGAAAAGCUGCACAGCUCCAGAAGCAGCUAAAUGUGGAGAAGUUUAAGACUGCCAUGCUGGAAAGGGAACUGAGAGCAGCCCGUCUUGCUCAGACCUUCAGGAAGGACCAGUCCUUGGGAUGUGCCAGACUAGAGUCUGAAACCUCUUCCAAACAGAACUGCAACAAGCGCCUGGUAGGAGGGAAGAAUUCUCGCUCAUUCAGCUUUACAUGGGGGGGUUACUGAAAAUCCCAUCAUCCAAACUGUUCAGGCUGACAAGUGUCCCUGUGGAAGCAGAAGACCCAUACAGACCAAAGUGCCAUGCUAAAACUCCCUGGAGUAGUUCUUGCCUCCUCAUCAUUCAUACAGCUUCAUGCUGUCAUGACUGGAAGUGACUAGUGUACAAAUGUCUGAGACCUUCUCCACCCAAUAUAAACUACAAUGCUUCAGUCUUGUAUCUCUUAAACCAGUUAUUUCUGAUGCAAUGGGCUGGCUGACCUAUGUGUUAGUUUUGGUUGUAUUCUAGGCUAGGAAUAGUUUGAUUCCCUUCUUCUCUCAUGCAGCUAAACUAGGGCCUUUUUUUCUCCUCCUCCUCCCCCCCCUCCCCCCCCGAGACCUUUCUGUGGCCUUGACAUUCUGGCUGUGCAGGUACACUGAAAAGGGGCAUCGGCAGGUCCAAAGAGGAGAUAGUGUCCUGAGCUAUGAAUGGCCUUACCACUUAGCUCCUGAUGGAGCAAAGGGAGUUAAGCAUGAUACCACCUAGUCAAAUUGGGAUUUGAGCUUUGGGACAAGCUCGUUAAGACCACAGUCCUGAGAUACUUCAGAUCAAUGUGAAAUGAACUAAGUGGCAUUGCAUUGUGGGAAGAAAGCACAAAGUAACUCAAUGUCUUUACUGUUAAAUGAGUUUCCUGCAGAAUCUGAAGGAACGUUUUCCUUUCUAAAAACAUCCAUAACCAUUAUGUGGCUGGGCUUCUGGGGGCUAGCUCCUGAAGCCUGAUCUUUGGAUUUGUGAGGGCUUUUUGCCCAGUUGAACAGAUGGCCCAUAGGAUACAACCUCUCUAACGUGGUGAUGGGUGGGUCUAUAAUAUCCUCUUUCCUUUCUGCAGAGCUACAGAUAGAGUUGCCUGUCUGCGGGAUUUGUCUUUCAGCAAAGUGGAGGGAAGGUUGAAGUGGUUUUUUAGAAUCCUUCAGUUUGGGGAUUGCUUAUAUAAAGUGUUAAAUCUAAAACUCAAAAUAAAUUGUAUCCCCCUGUUAUGUUUAACUCUGUGACAUUGUUUCUUAUUGAAUAUCUUCUAGCCCAAAAUCCCUGGGAGUUAGAGCUAUGACUGGGGCAGUAUUUCUAGAAAAAGAUUCUAAGCCCUCGACUAUUUUGAUUACUUGGCUUUUGUUUGUAUUUUAUUUAAUUUAUUUAAUUUCACUUCCAGCUGCUGGACAGCAUCAGACUUUAAGCUGUUGAGUCCUUCCCCUUUAUUUUUUAAAGUGGAACAUGCAAAUAAAGAUU